AUGCUCUCCAAGACUCUCCUCGCCCUCUUCGCCGCCGCGACCUCGGCCCUCGCGAGCCCCCUCCUCUCGGCCCGCCAGUCCACCCCGCCGCCGACCUCCUUCGCCCCCUCGGCCAUCUUCACCUACAACACCCGCAACGGCGCCAUCACCCCCUCCUCCUACGGCGGCGUCGUCUCCAAGUCCUCCUCCAACGCCGGCAACGACCUCACCGCCCUCCUGACCUUCACCUACCCGCAGGCCGCCGCGGGAAAGAAGUGCCAGCUCUGGUUCUACCUCGACGCGCCCACCUCGAGCGUCUCGGGCAGCCGCAAGCUCGACGUCUUCACCUCCACCAAGCCGGCCCCCGCGUCCGGGUCCACCGGCUGGGGCGCCGGCGGGCCGGGGAACCAGCGCGACGUCAACCUCGGCCGGUGGUCCGUCGCCCCUGGCGGCUGGGCGACCUGGGACGCGACCUACGGAGCGUACCUCACGGCGCCGACGGACUGCAAAGCACCCGGCGCCGUCGAGGGGUUCGAGCUCGUCGGCGUCUGGGACAACGACUACGUCUCCUGGAACGCCCAGGUCUCGGGCGCGCGCAUCGCCUACUUUUAA